AGCCAAUUGUCCGGGAGCCAUUUGCCAUAAGGAAUAUGUCGUAUCCAUCGAUCCCGGAACAUUUUGACCUGGUCAUGUUUUGAUAAAAGUCGUGGUAUCAUAUUAUGCAUGUAUGUUAUCUCAACUACCUGUUGUUUGGUGACGUUACCGAGAAGCUAAAAAUAAGGCGACUACGAUUUUACAGCCUAAAUAUAAAUACCCGUCUUUUGUUAACAAGAAUAAUUGUAUUGACACAUGUUCUGUACACACAGAGCUUUUACCAUUUGUACCAAAUCCUCUUUAUCUAAUCUUUUUUAGCGCAAAAUGUGUCACAUGCUCGAAUCCAACGUAUAUAGGUACACAAUAUCACACCGACAAAAAAUUUCUUUUUAUGAACACCUCACAACAUCGAAUCAGAUUUAUCAAAGAUGACGGAGCAAUGGGAAGAAAUUUUGCUUCUUUUCGCUGUUUCCACAAUCAUGGUUAUCAUCCUGUUGCUGUUAAAGUAUAUUCAGUACCAAAGGGAACAAGUGAAGGCCAUAGAGGUUACUAUCAGACAAGCGCAACAAGACAGAGUAUAUAGCAUCAGUGAGAGGGUGCAACCAAACGAAUGGUCCAGUCGAGACGCUUACCUUACCGUACAACAUAUCACAGCAGAGAACCAAAUGAACAAACCAAAUUACAAUGAUGCUCCUCCUUCUUAUGAAGAAGCGAUGAGGAUAGUAGCAUUAACAACAGCCACAGGCGAAAGCUCGACAGUUGUGACAGUUUCCACGUUACCCAAAGAACCAAACUGACGUACACCAAAGGUCCAUCAUGCUCAGAAUCGUCUGUGUAAAUUCCGAAAUGUGAUCAUGCUUAGUUUUAAGGUUUUUUUUUAUACUUAAAUCUACAUAAUAUUUAUGUGGAUCUCAACGAUUUGAUAUUCUUGUACAUAGUUAAAUUAUUAUCUGAAUAUGUAAGAAAUAAAGAAAUCUCGAUAUGAAA